CCCCGCUCCGCGCUCUUUUCCCGCUAGGUGCCUGUUUGCGACCGCCGCGCUUGACGGCUGGUGGGCUCUCUCCCCCUCCUCCCUUUGCUCGCUGGUUGUCAGGGCGGCUCGCUUUACGGCCCGGCGGCGAUGGCGGAGGGAGAGCGGGCGGAGAACGGCGGCGGCGGCGGGAGCUCCGGGCGGCCGCCUCAGGAGGGCGAGCCGGGGGCGCUGGAGCGGGCCGAGGCCCUCAAGACGCAGGCCAACGACUUCUUCAAAGGUAGCGGCCGGCAGGGAGGAGGAGCCGUGAGGGGAAGGGGGCGGGGCACCUUGAGGGAGGAGGGGGAGGAGCCGGGAGGGAAAGGGGCGGAGCCGGGAGGGCGGAGCCAUGGGGAAGGGGCGGGGUUUGCCAGAGGGGAGGAGCUAAUGGGGCAUCUGAGUGAAGAGGUGACCAGUGGGAGGGCCACUGAUUAGAGUUGAUUAGAGUUUGGAGGGGGGGUCCCAAUGUGGGGGAAGAGAUAAGGGGGAGUGAGGGAGGGGCCUCCUGUGCCACCCAUGGGGGGUUGUGUGAGAGAGGACUAAUGAGGGGGAGCAUAAAAAAUUAUUUUUUAUUGCAUUAAUUUCCUGCCUGCUCCAAAGAGCUCAAAGUAAUCUGCAUAGCUCCUCCCCUUCACCCUCCCACACUUUCCGUUGAACCCCCACAACAACAACAACUCUGUGAGGUAGGUUAGGCUGAGAGGCUGCCGCUGGCCCCCAAGGUCAUACCCGGUGAGCUUCCAGACCGAAUGGGGAUUUGAACCCAGGUCCUAGUCCAGAGCUCAUAAUCUGAGUGCCUCCGCUCUGAAGGAGCGUCUCCACCCCCAUCGUUCUGCCCGGACACUGAAGUCCAGCGCCGAGGGCCUUCUGGAGGUUCCCUUGCUGCGAGAAGCCAAGUUACAGGGAAGCAGGCAGAGGGCCUUCUUGGUGGUGGCACCCACCCUGUGGAACGCCCUCCCACCAGAUGUCAAAGAGAACAACAACUAUCAGAAGGCAGCCCUGUUUAGGGAAGCUUUUAAUGCUUGAUGUAUUACAGUAUUUUAAUAUAUUGUUGGAAGCCACCCAGAGUGGCUGGGGAAGCCCAGCUAGAUGGGCGGGGUAUAAAUAAUAAAUUAUUAUUAUUAUUAUUAUUAUUAUUGUUAUUAUUAUUAAAUGUUGAAGAUAAAAAAAGAGGACACAUUUGCCGACUUCUGCUUUUAACCAUGGAACGCUGUGAUGACUCUUAUUUUACACACCUGUGAAAAAGAAGACGUGUCCUGGAAAAAGAGGACAUAUGGCAACCUGGCUCCAUUUGAUGGAGGAGGAGGAUUCGAGGAAGAUGCUCCCUUGGGAUGUGUGUGGCGAGGGGGGCUCAGUCAGUGAGGGAGGAAGUAUGAAACGUGUCCUGGGCUGGUUGUCCGCGAGAUGGGGCUCAUGGGGUAGAGGGCAUAGAAUCAUAGUAUUGGGAAGGAUCCUCCAGCUCAACCCCUUUGGCUGAGCGGCGAAUUCGGCUGCAACAGCAUCCCCCUGAUAGGAAGCCAGACAGCUCCUGCCUUAGAAACUUGCAGUAAAAGUACAUUAUUCUGCUGUGGAAUAAGCUCCUGCUGUCAAAUGGCUCUUUCCAGUCUUCAGUUGGAGUCAACCAUGUUUGUAAUUGGAACCCAUUGGAUAUUGCAGCAAAGCAAAGGACUUAAUUUUGGCUUGGAAGGAAGAAGAGUCCUCUUGGGGCAGAGCAACUUAUGGGAACACAGGUCUGCCUACAGUGGGUUCCUUGGAAGGUUUUUUUUUAGGGUUGUUGGUGGGUUAUCUGUGGUUCCAUGGGGGAGAAGAAGGGUAGUUAAAGGGACCGUGUCAUAUUGGAGAAACAUGUGCAGAAGUAUGUGCUUCCCAUGGGGAGUUAAAGGUGAGAUGUGUUGGACAGCCGGGCAGCCACCACUUCCCUUGCUUCCCGCAAGGGAACAAAUAACUCUCUGUGACUUGAACGUGUGAAAUUAGCCAUACUUGGGUUCUUGAUGUCUCCUAGAUAGAAAAAACGCCAGGCAAAUUACAAGUUAAUGGUCUUCCUUCCUCCCUGUUACAUUAAACCUGUUAAUUGCAAGCAAGUAGACUUUCUACUUUCCAUCCCAUGACACACGGUCUGUCCACUAGAAUGAUCUAUUCAGGGGUGGGAAGCAUUGUGAUCAAUUUGCAGGAUUAGCAUUCAAAGGGAUCCUAAUCUCUGGAGGUGGCAGCAGAUUUGCAGAGUUUUGCAGGCAUUGCUGAACGGCAGGCUGGAUCCACAGCACCCAGUGAGGAAGUAGAUGACCUUGUGGAAGAGGUUUUCUCCCCAAUAACUUUCUUAGGAGGGUUGAAUCUAAGAUGAAUGGGGAAAUUCUGGCUGAGUAAGUGGUGGAGGUGUGUUGUUUAGGAGAGUGUAAGGGAGUGACCCAGAUUAUUAGAGCAAGUGUGACAGCUUAGGUGUAGAACAUUUGCUUGGCGUGCAGAAGGUGACUUGGUCCAUCUUCCUAUUUUGGGAUAUGGCAGAAUGGGGUUUCCUUCAAGUAGGUCUCUAUGAGCUCUUGUUCUUAAGCCUCCAACACCUUCCUUGACACCAGGCUCUUAAAGAUGGAUUUGGGAGGCUUUUCUGCCUUCCCGCAGCCAUGAUGCUUAACCUCUCGUUGUGCCCUCGGGUCACAUGAUGACCAACUCUGUAAUUAAACAAUCCAGGCCUCUUGGACUCUGUUGCAUUUGGUAGAACCUCUGCCAACUUUCAGAAUAUGGUUCACUUUUAAUCCCCUGUGAUGUUGGCUCAUGCCCUGAAACAAGAUGUUUUUAUAGCCUCAUAAUUCUGGCGUCUACGGAUCCAUGGAGACAAGUGAGGGCAGCUUCACAUAUAUGGAAAUGUGCACAUUUCUCUCUAUUUUCUGGAGUAAUUCUGUCUCUUUAUAUUUUGUCAAAUAAGCUGCGGUAACUUGCCCCACAUUCACAUCUUUGGUUAUUUCAGUUCAGCAGAGCCGUAAUAUACUCUUGGUUUCUGUCCUCACUGGCACUGCAUACAUAAAACGCAUACCGUAUUUUUUGCUCUAUAAGACUCACUUUUUCCCUCCUAAAAAGUAAGGGGAAAUGUGUCUGCGUCUUAUGGAGCGAAUGCAGGCUGCGCAGCUAUCCCAGAAGCCAGAACAGCAAGAGGGAUUGCUGCUUUCACUGAGUAGCGAUCCCUCUUGCUGUUCUGGCUUCUGAGAUUCAGAAUAUUUUUUCCCUUGUUUUCCUCCUCCAAAAACUAGGUGCGUCUUGUGGUCUGAUGUGUCUUAUAGAGCGAAAAAUAUGGUAACUUGUAAUUUGUUGGGGGAAAUUUGAUUGUGUCGUCCGUCUAGCGUUAUUUCCACCCUAGUUCUAACUUUAAAUCCUUAAGGCAAAUCAGAAUCUUUGCUUCUUGCUAAAAUAUCUGUUAAAGGUUUACAGGAACCUUUCCAUUUUGUCACUCUUUAUCACCCUGAUUCCGGGUACAGAAAGUUGUUUAAUGGCACAGUCCUGUCUACUCAGAAGUAAGCCGCAUUGGCAGUGUUAGAAAUUAGCUGGGCUCUAGGUUCGUUUUGUGGCUUGCAUGGGUGUAUUUGUGACCACAUGGAGAUUUCUGGACGGCAUCUUGGCUACUGAUAUCUCCAUCUGGCUGGUCUCUCCAGCAUUCUAAAGCAAGUAAGCAGAAGAGCUUAUUUAAAGAGGAGUAUUAUUGUCAAUGAGAAUGUCCUCUCCUAGCUGCCCCAAGAGAUAGGAGUCAUUUCCUUCCAUAAUUUCAUUGGGCCUCCAAGGUCUGUUUAACAGCUCUUUCCUAUGCAUGCGCCCAGUGGGACUUGCUCCUAGGUAUGCAUGUGCAUGGUUAAAAAUGAUUUUAAAGGAAAAAUAAGCUCUGGGGACAGGAUUGGGUCCUGGUUGCCUUUGCUGUGGAGAGAGCAGUAGCAAAUGCUGUCCCACCCUACGUUGAGACCUGUUUGAGGAAGGGGAACCAGCGCCCCUCUGUAUGGAGUGCCCAGCUGAAGACCUUUCCGGGCUGUAAGCAGAAAGGCAAAGCAAGGAGAUGCUUUUAACUCGCGUGUUUUGGGCACAGGAAGUUGGUGCACUGCUUGUUAUGCUGUCCAAAGUUCUGCAUCCGUUGGCAUUUUACAGCUCACCAGGUUUGUGGCUUAGAGGUGGUGGAUCAGUCUCAUCAACCUUUCUGUCUGGAGGGGGCCUGAGGAUGGUUGUUCAGCCUUAGAGGGCGCUGAUGACCUGGAUCCGUUACAGCCUGGCUUCAGGCCCAGUUAUGAGACAGAAGAAGGCUUACUUUGCUAGUGGAUGACUUUACACCGGGCCAGGAGGAUGGAGUGAGGAGUGCUGCUCUGUUAGUUUUCCUGAACAUCAGCUCCUUUUGAUACCACUGCCAUUGGUAUCCGCCUGGAUUGUCUGUUGGAGCUAGACUUCGGAGGCUCUUUGGUGCUUUUGCUCCUUCCUAGACGGGCAUGCCCAGAUGAUGGUGAGGGAGAGCUCUUGCUUUUUGCCCUUUAGCUUACGGGGUUCCAGGGGUCUUUAUUGUCCCCCGCACUCUAACAUCUACAUAGAACCACAGAGGGGAGUCAUCCAAAGGUUUGGGCUUCCAUUUCACCAGCAUGCUGGUAACAUGCAGCUGUGCCUUUCUUGUCCAUCUCUGAUCGGGUUGUGGGAACCCUAAAACCAUGUCUGGGGGCUGCUUUGAGAUGGGCGAGGGCAAAGAAACUGAGGUUACAUUCCUGCAAGGGGGGGGCCUGCAGCUGUGGAGGUUUAUAGUGAACCUGGACAGGGGAAUGCUCCCCCAAAAGACCCACCCACCUCUGCAGUUUGGGAGUAGCCAACAGUCCCAACUUACCAGCAUUGCAGUGUGGGGAGGGAAAGUCUGCGGGGUGGACAUAAUAGGAACAGCGGAAACACAUGAUGACUGGAGCACCUGUGGAUUUGCAUUUGUGUUUCUGAUUCUUAGGCAAUAAGGAACAGGGUGGUUGUUGUUGUUCAUAGAUGCCUCGGGGCUUGGGUAGCAAAGGAAGCGGCUGCAGAGACAUGUGUCUGCUCACCAUACAGCUAUCAUCUUGGUCUAAACCAGCUUCCACCAACCUGAUACUCCCAUCUGGAGGCCAGCAGCUUGGGGGAAGCUGGUCUAAGCUAUUAACGUAUCAUCUAGAGGUGACCUUGGGUCAUGUUCAGGCCGAGGUCAAUGUCUUUCACUGGCCAAGAAGGUAACACCAGAAGGGAGCUGAAAUGCGGAUUCUUCUUUAAUCAUGGAAUUGUAGAGUUGGAAGGGACCGUGAGGAUCAUCUAGUCCAACCCCCUGCGAUGCAAAAAUCUUUUGCCCAAUGUGGGGCUUGAACCCACGGCCCUGAGAUUAAGAGACUCUGGCUCUACCAACUGGGCUAUAUGCACUGUGUGCCUUUCUGCUUGAGCAUUUAGGUGAAUUGCACCAGAGUUAGGUCCCCCUUCCCAGGGUGCCUCUUCCUGUCAUGAAGGAAUGUUGCUUCCUCUUGACAGAAGAGAGGAGAACUCUGGGAUAUCCUGACCUGCUUUUCCCCAGACUCUUUGUCCUCUUCAUGCCAACUCUGAUGACUUUAAAAGCAGUUUAGACAUAUUCAUGCAAAACUAAGCAGGUUGAGAUCCCUGCAUUGCAGGGGGCAGGACUAGUUGACCCUCGAGGUCCCUUUCAGCUCUCUGAUUCUGUGCAUAGCCCACUCCUGUGUGUAAAUGGCACCGGUGAGCCUUCCGCGGAUUAGCUUCUUGCACCUCGCCUUCCUUCUCUUCCUUGUGUGAAUAACAGUUUUGUUUAUCGCUUUGUUGUGCAUUUUUUGUGCUUUUAUAUUUUAAACCGCCCUGUUAUCCUCGGAUGAAGGGCAGUAUUGGAAAUUUAAUGAAAUAAUAAAAGCUUGGUAUCUGUUUAGUUGCACCUCCGGGCUCCGUAGCCAAAGGGGUGCUUCUGGCAGCAUGCAUUGGCUCCCUGAUAACAGUGGUUUCCUGCCUGUCCUCCCCUCUUCUCCCAGCAAAGGACUAUGAGAACGCCGUGAAGUAUUACACCCAGGCCAUUGAACUGAACCCCACCAACGCCAUCUACUAUGGCAACCGGAGCCUGGCCUACUUGCGGACGGAAUGCUACGGCUACGCCCUGGCCGACGCCACCAAGUCCAUCGAACUGGACAAAAAGUACAUCAAAGGCUAUUACAGGAGGGCCACCAGCAACAUGGCCCUGGGCAAGUUCAAGGCAGCCUUGCGGGACUAUGAGACGGUAAGCAGGGUGGCGGCUUUCUCCUUGAGCAUCUAGGGUUGGCGCAACGGCGGGGUGGGUGGGUGUUGCUUCACAUGGGGCUAAGCUUGCAAAGCCAGUGUCAGCUUUGAAUAAUUCCUCAGAAGUCCACAAAUCUUGGCUCGGCUUUCUAGCCAGCCAUUAUUUGUGGACAAUGCCAAAGCACCACCACCACGACUCUCUUCCUCUCCCCAAUCCCACUACUCAGACAGAAGACUUGUGGGAGGAGUGUGGCCUUCUCUCAUUCACACCAGAGUGUGGCAAAGGUAGGAGGCAGCAAAGGAACCUCUUUUGAGCAGCAUAGCAGAUUCCUGAUGUUCCAUGUUUUCCAAGUUCCAGGACAGAGUGAGAGAAGACACAUGUCCAAACACACACACACACACACACACACACACACACACCCCUUCAUUUCACUAAGAAUUGCGCAGGUGGCAUUAUUGUUCUGGGCAAGAUGUGGAAGGUUGAUUGUGAUUGGCCACCCAGCAAUUGGCUUUGUGGAACUCUGACAAUAAAAGGUAAAAGACCCCUGGACAGUUAAGUUCAGUCAAAGGCGACUAUGUGGUUGCGGCGCUCAUCUCACUUUCAGGCCGAGGGAGCCAGCGUUUGUCCACAAAUAGCUUUCCGGGUCAUGUGGCCAGCAUGACUAAACCACUUCUGGUGCAGCGGAACACUGUGAUGGAAACCAGAGCGCAUGGAAACACCAUUUACCUUCCCGCUGCAGCGGUACCUAUUUAUCUACUUGCAUUGGCAUGCUUUCAAAUUGCUAGGUUGGCAGGAGCUGGGACAGAGCAAUGGGAGCUCAUCCCAUCGCGAGGAUUCGAACCACCAACCUUCUGAUUGGCAAGCCCAAGAGGCUCAGUGGUUUAGACCACAGCACCACCUGCUUCCCCAGCCCUGACAAUGGUCAGAGACGAAAGGAAUAUCAGGUUCAGGACAGAAUAUGCAGGAUUUUUGGGGUGGGGAAUGCUCUGUCAAUUUAUCCCUUCAGAGGUGCUAAGAGUGGGGAGGGGCAAAACCCCGAGGUAAAUGUAGAUGGUCUCCAGUUUCAGCAGAGUGAUAUAAGCCCACCCUAUCCAGUAGCUCAGUGGCUCAGCAAUGUUCAUAAGCAUUCUAUUUGCUCAGAAGUUUUUAAGAGUGUGUGGCAGACAAGGCCUGUGGACAAGGGGAGCUGCAUGUUGUUGGUUGGAAAGGUUUCGGCAAGAAAUGGAUACAGCUCCAUGUGCCAACAUUGUAGGACAUUGUAUGUUUUUUGUGAUGGAGAGCAAAAGGAGGAGAGAAACAUGUCAAAGUAGCUUGUUUAUAACCUGACUUCAUAGGUCACAUUUCAGGACGGUUUACAAUAUCUUGUAAAUACACAGUAAUAAUUGUAAUACAGCAUAAUAAAAUUGUUAUCCGCUUAAAACCGCAUUUUGAGAAAUUGGUGUUGCACACAAAGGCUCAGUCGUGAAUUUACGAGAUUCCCAACUUGUAUAUGAUGAAUAUAUAUAAAUUCUCUCCUCUGCCCUCAGGUUGUCAAGGUGAAGCCGAACGACAAGGAUGCUAAGAUGAAGUAUCAGGAGUGCAAUAAGAUUGUGAAGCAGAAGGCUUUUGAGAGGGCCAUCGCCAGCGACGAGCACAAGCGGUCUGUGGUUGACUCCCUGGACAUAGAGAACAUGAGUGAGUUCGGGGAGGCUGUGGCAGGGGGAAGCUGUUACAGUGGAUUCGGGGGGGGGGGGGGUUGACUGCGACCUGACUGGGGCAAGGUUCUCAAGGUGCAGCUGAAACCCAGAGGGGAACUUCCAAGCUUCCUGCUAAUCCACAUGAGACAUCUUCAGCGAGGCUCUAAUCAGUACCCCAUUGCUAAAGUUUCAGGCAUCAGCCGUUCUGACAGGUGUUUUGACAUUCUCUGUGCAGAGACCAAACUCAUAGUAAUGUUCACAGGCAAAGAGAGGGCCGGAAGAGGCAGGAACAAGCCCUCUGAUGGCCUGAAAGAUGUGCCACAGGGCCCAAUUACCCAGCAUGCUUUGCGUAGUCUCUGAUUUGGGGCACGGCUCAUGAUUGUAUGUAUCGUCUCCUGUGCUCACUGCUCUUAAUUGCUUGUCUCCAGUUUCUUCCCAAGGCUGUGUGCUAGAGUAGAUCUUUUAACUGCUGGACUCGAGCCCAGUGGUUCUCAAACUUCCUGUGCUCGUGAGUCUCUGCAUAUCUGCUGUGGAACUCUUGCAUAUUGCAGAGGAUUCUGGGACAUGCUUCAAGGUGCUCACACAGGACUCUAGCAUUGCCCUUUUCUCAGGGCUGGAGUCAGAUGAAGGUCAGCAGGAAGACGCAGAAUCGGUUGUCAGUGAACUCAACUCUUUAUUCAAGGAAAUGGUGUACCACUCAGCAACACUUCCCAGCAGGUCUUGCCCCCAUAGAGCAGUUGCCAGGAGUGAAGGUUCCUGCCUUCCACCCACUCUAAGGCUCCUCUGGUCUCUGUUCUGCCCUCUUCAUUAUUCUGUGAAUUCUUGUCGCAGCAGGAGGGGGAGACUCCCUGAAUUCUCCAGCAGCCUCUUGACCGCCCUCUCCUCUGUUUCAGCCUCAGAGUCUGAACUGCUCCCUGUCACAGGUUCCUCCUGCUCACUAAACCCUGUUGUUUCUUCAGUAUUCCAAGGCUCUGAGCCAUCCUCCUCUGGGACUUCCCUUGGGGGUUUUCCUGCUGGUGCCUCCCACCGCUCCUCCUCGUCCACUCAGUCCUUGACACCUCGAGUGAAUAGUGGAUGUGCUCGAGAAGAGGCCCACUGCCUUCAUCCCUGGCAGAAACUGCAGGAGAAAAAAUAGAUUAUGGCAGGCCAAAUAUAAUAAUAAUAAUAAUUUAUUAUUUAUACCCCGCCCAUCUGGCUGGAUUUCCCCAGCCACUCUGGGCGGCUUUCAACAGAACACUAAAAUACAAUAACCUAUUAAACAUUAAAAGCUUCCCUAAACAGGGCUGCCUUCAGAUGUCUUCUAAAAGUUUGGUAGUUAUUUUUCUCUUUGACAUCUGGUGGGAGGGCGCUCCACAGGGAGGGUGCCACUACCGAGAAGGCCCUCUGCCUGGUUCCCUGUAACUUGGCUUUUUGUAGCGAGGGAACUGCCAGAAGGCCCUCAGCGCUGGACCUCAGUGUCCGGGCAGAACGAUGGAGGUGGAGACGCACCUUCAGGUAUACUGGAUCGAGGCCGUUUAGGGCUUUCAAGGUCAGCACCAACACUUUGAAUUGUGCUCGGAAAGGUACUGCCCAAAGUAUCUGCCAUUACUGAUCUUUUCACUAGGAAAUCCUGGGGAUUCUCUAGAACUCUGUCUGAAAGAGGUUUCCAGAGAGGCUUGAGAUAAGGACCAGAAGGAAAGAGAUCGGGCUUGUUAGAAGUCAAAAAAGCAAAGGCAGCGAGGAGGUCUCUGACUUGGCACAAGGCUAAGGUUGCUGCUUGCAGCCACUUCAAGCUUCUGUUGGAUGGAACCCCUUUUUAGCUUGUUUGGAGCCCUGCUGGUUAUGGUCUGGAUAGGGGGCCGCUGCCAUCGCCGGGCACCACCACCUCCUCAUCCCAGCAUCCCUCCUUUCCAAGGGAGCCCUGCCAUCCUCACGCUGGUGACUAAUGCCAUUUCGCACGGGAGGCUGCGCCAAGGUUUCUCUGCCAGCGCCCGAAAUAGAUCAAGAUCUCUGAUCAUAAAUAGAUCCCUGGCAUGGAGAGGCUUAAUCAGGAAAAAUAAAUAGACUGGUCUUCUCCUCUGCGGGCCAGCUGCUGGCACGAGCUGCGUCCCUUAAUCUCACUGUCUGGACUAAGCCACUGCACGGUUUCAUCCUGGACGUCUGCGGAUUCUGCAUUCAAAGCUUAUUUCUGCAAGCAGGGGCCUUUCUCGCGCCUCCUGGCAUUUGGAGGAGCCGGAGGGAAAAUUGCUGUCCUUCGAGUUUGGCAGUUCAGCCCAAUUAGCGGAAAGGCAGUGGCAAUUACAGGAAGGGAGCCCUGGCAAGACACUUCGGUUUUGCAGAAACGGUACUGUUCUGAGGUGAACACGCAGACACUUGCCCGCCUCCACCUCGGGCAAACAGUUGGUAGAGCAUGAGCUCUUAAUCUCAGGGUUGUGGGUUCGAGCCCCACUUUGGACAAAAGAUUCGGCAUUGCAUGGAGUUAGACUAGAUGAUCCUCACAGACCCCUCCAACUCUACAUUUCUUUUCUUUUUUUAAGAAAUAUUUUUUAUUAGAUUUUCCAUUAAAAAAAUAAAAAAAAUAUUUUUUAUUAGAUUUUCCAUUUUUAACUUAAACCCUUUUUUCCAGAACUUCCCUCAGCUUGUCUGAUAAUUUUCUGUUUAUUUUUUAUCCUCGUCUCACAUUUCCCAAUAUUAAUUUGCACUCAAAUACUCUUAAUCACAUCAUGUUUUUUAAACAAUAUUUCUAACAGUAAUUUCACAGAGCUUCUUGAAAGCCAACGAACGUUACUUGCUUAUCACAGAAAUUUUUGAUAUACUCUGUAAAUUUCUUCCAGUCCUUGGAGAAUCUCUGGCCACGUUGGUUCCUAAUUCUCCCCGUCAAUCUGUCCAUUUCUGCGUAUUCCAUCACUUUCAUCCUCCAUUCUUCUUUCGUGGGCAUCUCUUCCUGUUUCCAUUUCUGUGCCAGCAAAAUUCUGGCUGCUGUUACUGCAUACAAAACUAAUUUCACAUCUUUUUUACUAAUUUCAAUAUCCAGUAUUCCCAACAGUAUUCCAACUCUACAUUUCUGUGGUUGUUUGUGGGGAUCAGGUGUCCUGCCCACACUCUGGGAAACUGGUAAAGCAAUGAGGGAGGGCGAUGAGGUGCCCAGCUUUGUCUACUUGGAACGUUUAAAAUCUCUCCUGCCAAAGGAAAAAGGCUCCCAGGGCAGCUUGGGAUGGAGCCAUUAGUGAAAGGUAUUGAACCUGCAGUUGCUUACCUGUAACGCAGUGGGUGUUACCUGGGUGGUCGCUUGGGGUGCCAAGGGGCAGGCGGACUCCCCCCCCCCCCAGCCAUAGCUGUCAACUUACAGAUUUGAAAAUAAGGGACCAGCAGCCUCGAAAAUAAGGGAUCAGCAGCCAAAAUAAGGGAUCAACAAUUACUUUGAUAAAAUACAUAUUGUGUUGUGUGCAAAUGGCUUUAGAUACCCAUUAGGUCCAUAAAUUACCAUAUAGCAUAUAUUCAACACACAAAAAAACAGCAACAGUUUGUUGUUGACAAAGGACAGCUGGACAUAGAAAGGGCCCCACUACCUUCAGUAGCUUAUUUAAGGGACAUCAUCAAUAAGGGACAGCAGCGGGACAUGGCGCUGGGAUAAGGGACUGUCCCGCCAAAUAAGGGACGCUUGACAGCUAUGCCCCCCCCCCGUGAUCGUGAUGCUAGGCUGGCCUUGUGUUUGCGUUCUGCCUCUCCACCCACUUCCAUCUUCCUGCUUCCCCAGCCAUUGAGGACGAGUACAGUGGCCCGAAGCUGGACAACGGGAAAGUGACGCUUGCGUUCAUGAAGGAAUUAAUGCAGUGGUACAAGGAUCAAAAGAAGCUCCACAGGAAAUGUGCCUAUCAGGUAACUCCUCUUCCUCCUCUUCUUCCUCCCUUGAGAGCCACCCCACAGGGCUGCAGAAACGCUGGGUUCUCUAUGCUAUGGCAUGGAGCUACAAGAGGUUUAAAGGGUUGCUCUAAGGCAGGGAUGUCCAACCAGUAGAUCGCGAUCUACCGGUAGAUCCCCAGCUGAUCCUGGUAGAUCUCUUGGGAGUUGGACAUGCCUGCUCUAAGGGGAUCAUUGCAACCUGCCUGUAAUUGAAGGCAUAUCUCAUGCACAGUACAUACCCCAGCAGGCCAGGCCAUUGGCACUUGUGGGCCACAGUUACGUGACGUUUCCGCCAGUACGUGUUUAUUUAAAUCCCUCCCCUGCUCUUCCAAAGGAGGCCAGGAUGGCAGACAGCAGAACAGGCUUUUCAAAUCAUUAAGGACAUUUAAAAACAGUCGCACAUAUACUCCCAGCUAAUAAUUUCAGGGUUAGGAACGGUAUCUUUCAGCCCGCAAAUGCCUGAGUGAACAGGAAUGUUUUUCGAUUCCUCCUGGAUGACAUUAAUGAAGGAGACAGGCGCACCUCACUACGGGCGUUCCACCAACGGGGAACAGCUACUGAGAAGGCCCUGUCCCAGGUCAGUUCUCAGCAGUGCUGGCCAGGGCUGAUGGGAGUUGUAGUCCAAAACCUCUGGAGGGCAAGAGGAUGGCGAAGGUUGAUCUAAGCUAAUCCAAGCCAUACCCACUGGAAGUCUUGACUUUUCUUCCCUGUCCCGUCCCUCCUUGGUGUCGUGGUUAGAAUAGUGGUUUGGAAGGGUUUGGAAGGUGAGGUUGGUGGAAGGAUUCAAGGACAAUCAAAGGAACAUUUAAACAUUUCAGUGUAGUAUAGGAUAGUACAGUGUUUUAAUUUUUUUGCAGAAUAUGGAUAGACAUAUUUUCAGAACUAAGCACUGCUAGGAGUUGUUUCUUCUUGUUCUCCAAUGUAUUUCUUAUCAAUUAAAAAUGUAAUAAUAAUAAUACAGUGGUACCUCAGGUCACAUACGCUUCAGGUUACAGACUCUGCUAACCCAGAAAUAGUGCUUCAGGUUAAGAACUUUGCUUCAGGAUGAGAACAGAAAUCGUGCUCUGGCAGCGCGGCGGCAGCGGGAGGCCCCAUUAACUAAAGUGGUGCUUCAGGUUAAGAACAGUUUCAGGUUAAGAACAGACCUCUGGAAUGAAUUAAGUACUUAACCCGAGGUACCACUGUAAUAAUAAAAAAAACUAUUUAUACCCCGCCCUCCCUGGCCAGAGCCGGGCUCAGGGUGGCUAACGCUAGUAAAAUUACAAUUUAAAAAAACCUGAUUUAAAAUACAGGUUAAAAUGCAAUUUAAAAUACAGCCUCAUUUUAAAAAUAGCCCAUAGAGCAAAACCAUAAGGGGAGGGAAAGAUGAGGGUCAGACAGAGUCCAAACCAAAGGCCAGGCGGAACAGCUCUGUCUUGCAGGCCCUGCGGAAAGAUGUCAAGUCCCGCAGGGCCCUAGUCUCUUGGGACAGAGCGUUCCACCAAGUUGGGGCCAGUGCUAAAAAGGCCCUGGCCCUAGUUGAGACCAAUCUAACCACCUUGCAACCUGGGACCUCCAAAAUGUUGUCAUUUGUGGACCUUGAGGUCCUCCGCGGGGCAUACCAGGAGAGGCGGUCCCGUAGGUACAUGGGUCCUAGGCCCCAAGCAAGUGUGGCACAAGCAAACUUUUAUUAUGUAAUAGUAGUAGUAGUAGUACCCUGCCCAUCUGGCUGGGUUGCCCCAGCCACUCUGGCCCAGAGGAAAAACGUUUGAGAACCACUGGGUUAGACUUCUUGUGAGACCAAGGUUCAGAUCCCCUCUUGGUCCUGAAGCUCCCUGGGUGACUCUGGGUCAGUCGCUGCCUCUCAGCCUCACAGGGCUGUCGUUUGGAUAAAAUGUGGAGAGGGAGAAUCAUGUACGCAGCAUGAUUUGAGUUCCUUGGAAGAAAGGUGGUAUAUAUUGAAGAGAUUUCACCCCUCCCAUAUCCAAGAAUCUGCUGAUGUUCUCUGCUGAUUCUCCAGAGAGGAGGGGGCGGUUUCUACUCUCUACUUAUUCCGUUCCAGCCUCACAUGAGAGAGAGAGAGAGACUGAGUGUGAUCUCUGUAUAGAUAAGGUUGCUGCUAAGAGUAGCUGCAGACACUCAGUGCAGUUCAGCAUUUUUCGUUUAGACCUCAUUUAGCUCUGCAUAUAGUUGUGUAUUAUAGUUGUAGAUAGAAUAAAGAAGAUAUUCUACAGAGCUGCUCUCCGAGUCGUUUAUGCUCUGCUAUACUCUGCUGUGCGACGACUGUCUUCUUGUUGGAGUGAAUCUGGUGCUCACAACUCUAAGCUGUGAGUCCACAGCACUUUGACCUGUUCCUGUGCAGAAGGUGGUCUCUGGAAGUGCUACCCAGCUCGCCUAGCCCAGUCGGGGCUGAAGUGGAUGAGUCCAGUUGGUGGCACUGGCUCAAGGGUGAUGCUGACAUAUAUGUGUAAUAAUAAUUUGCAUUCAUCUUUCUUCUCUGCCACCGUGCCUCUAUUUGCUCUCUUUCUCUCUCUCUCUCUCUGACUGACCUCUCUCUUCCUCCUUGCAGAUCUUGGUGCAAGUGAAAGAGGUGCUAUCAAAACUCCCCACCCUAGUAGAAACGACGUUAAAAGAGGUGCGUGUCUCUCUCUGCGCCCACAACACUUAAAUUGAAAGCUGCAAGUCUGUUGCCUCCCUCCUUGACAAUUUUUUUCUUCUCAGAACUCCCUAUUUGGGGGACAAUUUAUGUUAUUGAUUGAUUUUUAAAUAACAUAAAAAAUUCAAACCAGAAGGAAAAAGGAAACAUACAAAGAAUAAAACAGUCAUACCUUGGGUUACAGACGCUUCAGGUUGCACGUUUUCAGGUUGCACACUGCGCUGAACCCGGAAGUACCAGAAUAGGUUACUUCCAGGUUUCAGCACAUGCGCAGAAGCACUAAAUCACGCUUUGCGCAUGAGCAGAAGCACCAAAUCGCAACCCACGCGUGUGCAGAUGCGGUGCUGCAGGUUGCGAACGCUGCGGGUUGCGAACAUGCAUCCCGCACGGAUCACGUUUGCAACCCGAGUGUCCACUGUAUCUCCAAAGCAGUUCCUCUGCUCCCCUGGAUUACAAAAAGCUUGGGAGCUGUCAAAAAAAAUUCCACUCCAGAAUACUGCUCUGUAGAUGCGCAGGGCAGUAACCUUGCCUUCUUCAGUCAUUACAUAAGACUUAAAAUCAGUCAAAAUAAUCUGAAAAUCACCUGCAGUCUUACUAUUUUUCCUUCUGGCCUGCAGUUCAUGAGUUACAUUCUUCCAUCAAGGCCUGGGAGAUGCAUUUUGCAAAUAGAUCUCCAGGUUUUCAGAACUCCUUGAACAGUCGUUCUUUCAAAAGUGUCUGUCCUGCACCCCAUCCUUAAGAACUCUUGAGAGUAUGGUGAAUCCCAGGCCAUAGGAUGCCAGGAUUCUGAGAGUGAUCACGGCUCCCCAAGUGAUCUCUCUCUCUCUCUCUCUCUCCACGCGCGCGCGCGCACACACACACACACACACACACACACAGAGUGCAGCCAUCGCUUGUUUCGUGACUGCUGUCCCCAUGAGCCACCACGGCAGCACAAAAGUUUAUCCACAUUACAGGCUCACGCUGCUUAUUGCUGUCACCUCUGCUGUUCCUUCCGAGGAAAUACUGGGAAUAAUCAUGAGAGCCUAGGGCUCUUUUGGGGGUUUGCCAGCAGAUUUGCAGCGCUGUCAUUCUGCAAAGGAGGCCAGAACAGUUAAAGGAGUCUGGGUUGGCGUACACUGCCUGCAAAUUCUGCCGGCAACCCAUGCCUUUAAAGCAGGAGUGGGGAGUCUCCUGGGCUUUCCAGGCACUGUUGGAUUCCCAGCUCUCCUCAGCCCCGGCCAGCAUGGCCAAUGGUCGGAGUCCAGCAACCUCUGGAGCAGGGCACCUCUGCGCAAGUUCACCACGCCAGCCCUAUAGUGGCCUGCGUAGAUUCCUUCUUGCGGGAUAGACCGUGAUGUCUUGUGUGGGGAAAUCCAAAGAGUGGGAGGAGGAGAAGCACCCAAAAAUAGUUGGUUAUAAAUAAGCAUUAUCUGGCUGAGCUUCACGCCUCUUCCCUCUGUUGUCUUAUUCUGCCUCCCCACCACCACCACCCCGCUUCUUUUUUGUUCCAGACAGAGAAAAUAACUGUUUGCGGAGACACCCACGGACAGUAUUAUGACCUCCUGAAUAUAUUUGAAUUGAACGGGCUGCCGUCGGAAACGAAUCCAUAUGUAUCCUUUCUUGCCGCUCCUCUAGGGCCACUGUAGGCCUUGUUCAUCUGUUUCGCCUCCUCCUUGGGUGGAAAGGGAACUGCGCUGGUGGGUUCCUGGCAGGGGACAGAUGGACGGACUUCGGAAAGGGAGAAACGGCAGGAGACAUGGGGAGCAAGGACUUCCCGCAAUUCCCCCUUCUCCGCACAACCAGAUGUGAGGGAACCGGUCUGCUGGGGGCAAGCGCUUCCUUCCACCCAGGAAAAUUGUAGGCCAGUUUGUAGAACUUCUGUGUGCACCUGAAUUUAUCUGGGAAAAAGAUCUUGGAGGCUGCCACCUUCCCUGCACACCUUUCUCGGGUGCUAAGAUCAGCAGAGGGAGCCAUCUUGGUAACUUUCAGAAACCUCCAAAAUUUCAAGGGGUGUGCAUGUGUGUGGUGGCCCAGGUGAGGGCCUUCUCUGUGGCAGCCCCUAAGUUGUGUGACUUCCACCCACCCACCCACCCUGGAAGUGCAUCUGGCAUCUUCACUAUACAGCUUUUGGCAGAUGCUGAAGACACACCUCUUAGACUCCUCAGAUGUGUUUCUUCAGGAUCCACCCGAUUCCGGUGGCUGUUACCGUAUUUUUCGCUCUAUAGGACGCACCCGACCACAUGAUGCACCUAGAGAACAAGAAAAUUUUUUUCUCUCCCUCUCUGCACAGCGCCCCUUCAGCGAAGCGGCAGGAGAAAUGGAGCCCCUUCCAUUUCUCCUCCCGCUUCGCUGAAGGGGCGCUGCGCAGAGAGGGAAAGCUGCGCAGCACCUCUCCAGCGAAGCCUCUCCGGGGGCUUCAGGCGGCUAUCCCUGAAGCCUGGAGAGCAAGAGGGGUUGGUGCGCACCGCCCCCUCUCGCUCUCCAGGCUUCAGCAAAAGCAACGCGAAGCCUCCGAAGCGCGGUGCUCCCGCUGCGCCUUGGAGGCUUCGCGUUGCUUUUGCUGAAGCCAUGGAGCCUGCAUUCGCUCCAUAAGACGGACACCCAUUUCCCCUUAAUUUUAGGAGGGGAAAAAGUGCGUCUUAUAGAGUGAAAAAUACAGUGCUUGCUUUAAGCCACUUUUAGUACUGAAUUUUAAAUGGUUGACUCCCACCCUGGGACCUGCUGAUUAGGGGCAGGUAAAAAAAUGUGUGGCUGCUGCUUAAUUAAUUUGUUAUGAAUUAAGAAGUAAUGCUCAUUCCUGCCAAUCCUCUAAUUUUUGGUGUAGGCAAUAUGAAGACUUUCUGAGCUAGAAAUCUGACUUGGAAAUGCCCUCUGGCCGAUGGCCACUGCCACAUAUUUUGUCCAUGCAUGCUCAGAUUUCUGUCUCCAAAUGUGAGGGAUAGAAACUUUUCCCUUCCUUCCCCCCCCCCCCCUUUUGCUCUCCCCACCCCCUGUUGUUGCUAAUGAACGUUGAGGCUCCCAAUAAUUCUGUACAGGCUCCUGGGAUCCACAUUCAGUCUGCAAUCCUAGAUGCCCUUACUACAGAACAAGCCCCCCUUGAGCUCAUGGGACUUCCUUCCGUGUAAACAUGCCUAGGGUCAUGCUUUCAGAGCUUGUUUUCAGAGCCUCCCUAGAACCACGGGAGCUGGAAUGUUCUGGAGGUUCAUCCAGGUGAACCUCUCUCAUCCCUCCCUUUCAUUUUAUCUUUUUGCUCUGAGGGCAGGAUCCUUGCAUAGUGACGUUUACCUGCUUCUGUCAUUGCUCCCUGAGCUCUUCUGAAGUCACGUUUGGCACCUGCUUUUAUUGUCGCCCUCGGCCCCAUCACGGCAAUCUAUCCUUGAGUUUGUGUUUACCUGUCUUGCUUGCCCUCCCAAGAGCUCUAGACAAGGCAUGGCAUUUCUUGGGGAAGAGAUGUAUCAGAUGACAAGAAGGAAGCUGGGGCGGGCAGGUGUGGAAUCCACAUGGACCUGCCAUGCAAAGGCCGCAUUUUACGGUUUUUUCCCUUGAGCACAGCUGCUUCCCCACCGUAGAUAUUCAACGGGGACUUUGUUGAUCGUGGCUCCUUCUCCGUGGAGGUGAUCCUGACGCUCUUCGGUUUUAAGCUGCUAUAUCCAGAUCAUUUCCACCUACUUCGAGGUAAGAACAUCAGAACAGCCCUGCUGCAUCAGGCCAUUGGCCCAUCUAGUCCAACAUCUGCCCAGCCAGAUACCUGUUGGAUGGCCGCAAUCAGGAUUUGAGCCAGUGUGGUGUAGUGGUUAAGAGCGGUAGUCUCGUAAUCUGGGGAACCGGGUUCGCGUCUCCGCUCCUCCACAUGCAGCUGCUGGGUGACCUUGGGCCAGUCACACUUCUCUGAAGUCUCUCAGCCCCACUCACCUCACAGAGUGUUUGUUGUGGGGGAGGAAGGGAAAGGAGAAUGUGAGCCGCUUUGAGACGCCUGCGGGUAGUGAUAAAGCAGGAUAUCAAAUCCAAACUCCUCUUUUUCUUCUCCCCUGCUGUGGUUUCCAGCAUCUGGUAUUCAGAAGUCAGAAUCUCGUUUCUUGUGAUUUGAAUCCUCCUCCUGCCUUUAUCAAAUGCUUUUAGAAACCUCUUGCCACUCGCCCUGCCCCACGUAUAUGGCUUCAAAAGCCUGGCACUCCUCCCACGCCACCCUAUGGCUUUCCGUGACGAGCUUUUAGUGUAACGAGCCCGCAUUCCUGAGCUGUUGGCUGAGUGCAUCCCUGACGCUUUCCUCUUGAGAUUGUGCGUCUCUCCGGGCCAAGGGAGUGGCUCUAGCUUCUCAGCUUUGUUUCGUUCUUGGGGGACCUUGGUGGCUGUGCUCCCUCUUCCCUCUUGAAGGCAGCAUGCCCCUGAAUGCCAUCUGUGGGGAAACACGGGUAUGGUGGAGAGGGCAAUGGCCCUCAUUCAACCUGCUUGCAAGCUUCCCACAUGCAUCCGGAGGGCCACUGCGAAAGCAGAAUGUGAGAGCAGGGGGGUCUUCGGUUUGCCGCGUUCUGCUGCACUACACAUUCCCAAAAAACACCAGGCUCCAUCUUCUGAGAUGUUGCAGAGGAGUCACUUCGUACCAACUCUCUUUGCUCCCUGGCGCUCUAGACAGCUGUGACUUCCCCCAAAGACUCCUGGGAGCUGUCAUUUGUUGUGGGUGCUGAGAGUUGUUAGGAGACCCCCCGUCCCAGAGCUGCAGUUCCCUGAGUUCCCUGUGAAGAGGGAUUGAUGGUUAACCACUCUGGGAAUGUUAGUUCUGGGAGGGGAAUCAGGGGUUCUCCAAACUGUUAGGAUAUACCGUAUUUUUCGCUCUAUAAGACACACUUUUUCCCUCCUAAAAAGUAAGGGGAAAUGUGUGUGCGUCUUACGGAGCGAAUGCAGGCUGCGCAGCUAUCCCAGAAGACAGAACAGUGAGAGGGAUUGCUGUGCAGCGCUCCCUAUCGCUGUUCUAGCUUCUGGCUUAGCCACGCGCAGCCUCUUCAGGGCAGCGGGGAGCCUUCAUCCCGCUGCCCUGAAGAGGCUGCGCAGCUAUCUCAGAAGCCAGAAGAGCAUGAGUUUCUCUUCUAGCUUCGGGGAUAGCCACGCAAAGCCUCUUGAGCGCAGCGGGAGCGCUCCUGCCUCUUUGCUCAAGAGGCUUUGCGUUGCUUUCUUGUUUUCCUCCUCUAAAAACUAGGUGCGUCUUAUGGAGCGAAAAAUACAGUAGUUCCGUUCCACCUUAAAAGGGAACAGGCAUGACUGUUGUGUGUCAAAAGCCUGUUUACUUCCAACACAGUCUGCUGGGAACUUCCAUUUUAUAUAUUGCUUUUGCUAGUAUUUCUAUUUGCUGGACACGAAGGGAAGCAGACAUGUUUUUUCCUUUGUUCCUGAACUAUGCUGAAUAAAUGCUGUAAAUAUGCUUACACAUUUCUCUGUCCGCCACUUCCGUUGUGAGAAGAUUUAUUUACUCUGGUGAUAAGAGCGUGCCGAGUCUCUAAACGUAUCUGAGGCUCGUGUCGCUGUUUGAUGCUGUUCCAAGGGAGACCGGUUGCCGGCCGGUGGCUGGAGCCAGCUGGGGACUUACCUGAUGCCCAGGUCUCCCCGGCAAUAUCCCAACACGAACAACUCUCAGCAUCCUUAGAUUUUUUUUCCUAAUAUUUUGUUGGAAGCUGCUCAGAGUGGCUGGUGCAACCCUGUCAGAUGAGUGGCAUGAUGAUGAUGAUGAUGAUACAGUCGUACCUUGGUUUUCAAACAGCUUAGUUCUCAAAUGUUUUGGCUCCGAACGUGCAAACCCGGAAGUGACCGUUCUGGUUUGCAAACUAUUUUUGGAAGCCAAACGUCCGACGGGGCUUCCGCGGCUUCCAAUUGGCUGCAGGAGCUUCCUGUAUCCAAUCAGAAGCCGUGCUUCGGUUUCCGAACGUUUUAGAAUUCAAACGGACUUCUGGAACGGAUUCCGUUCGACUUCCGAGGUACGACUGUAAUAUCAUCAGCCCUGAAGUUUAGGGGUGGGAGGUAGGGUGAAGCCCUUUCCUGCAAACUCAAACCAAAAUCCCCCUUCAUUUUGGCCUUUUAACUCCUCCUGCUCUUUAGGGAACCACGAAACGGACAAUAUGAACCAGAUCUAUGGGUUUGAGGGAGAGGUCAAAGCCAAAUACACAGCCCAGAUGUUUGAGCUCUUCAGCGAGGUCUUUGAGUGGCUACCUCUGGCGCAGUGCAUCAACGGCAAAGUCUUGGUGAGCAGCCGGCCGCUUGGGUGGGGGACCGCAGCUCAGCUGAGCACUCUUUGUGACCCUUGCUGUUCCUCCUCCUCUUCUCUCCCCCUGGGUAGAUAAUGCACGGUGGCCUCUUCAGUGAAGACGGCAUAACGUUAGACGAUAUCAGGAAGAUCGAGAGGAAUCGGCAACCUCCGGAUUCGGGUGAGCGGUGGCGGGGACUGGGGUGGAAUGAUUUGUCUGGUGGGGACUGGGUAGCCUUGUGUACCCAUAGGAGCAAAGCAAGCAGCCUUACAAUGAGCCAGACGAUCGGUCCAUCUAGCUCCAUAUUGUUCGCACUGACUGGCAGCAGCUGCUUUCCUACCUGGAGAUGCUGAACCUGGGACCUUCCUGAUGCUCUGGCCCAGAGGGUAUGGCUAUCAAUGCUACAAGCAAGGGAAUAGUCACAAAAGGAAAUACUUGUUGAUUCAUUGCAUCAGGCUUUGGUCGACCAAGCCAGGGUUUCCCAAACUUGGGUCUCCAGCUGUUUUGGGACUACAACUCCCAUCAUCCCUAGCUAGCAGGACCUGUGGUCAGGGGUGAUGGGAAUUGUAGUCCAAAAGCAGCCUGAGAUCCACCACGUUUAGGAAACUCUGGACUAAGCGAUUUAAACAGGCAUAAAUUUGCACAAGAGAGGGGAAACUGUUCUUUUUUUUAAAAAAAAAACUUUUUUUAUUCAAAAUUAAAACAAAACUUAUUAUCCAGAAACAUAUCAUCCUUAUUUUUCCUCCCUCCCCCCACCCUCCCACACAAAACCCACCCACCCCCCGACUUCCCUCAGUUCCAGUCUUUGAUUUCUCUAAGAAUGCUGUUUUCUGCAUGUUACACAGCUGUAUAGAUCCUCAAACUAUUUAGCUGAUUAUUAUCAAUAAAAAGUUUGUGAAUGUUUAUUCAAAACCAUCCAAGGAGUCCAGUUCGCUUUGUUGCGUCUUCAGAUACUUUGUAAAGGGUUCCCUUUCAUCCUUAAAGUCACAGUUAUCCUUGUCCCGUAGUUUAUGUCAGUUUUGCCAGUUCUGCAUAGUCCAUCAAUUUUUCUUGCCAUGAUUCUUUAGUUGGGGUUUCUUCAGUCUUCCAUCCUUGUGCUAUUAAAACUCUCGCAGCUGUUGUCACAUACAUGAAGAUGUUUUGCAGCUUUUUUGGCAGAUCUAAGGGGGGGGGACUGUUCUGAGCUGCAACGAAAGCAGCCCUCUCUGAGAAGAGACAUCCCCUUCUCUUCCAAGAGCACCUCUUUUAAGAUGGCACUUGCCACUUGCACUUAAUUUAUGGCUAAUUAUUGGGAGGGAACGAGGGUGGCUUUUUCCUGCCAUGGAGAAGGGGAUCUUGGAUGGGUUGUCUCUCCCACAAACUACACUAGGACGCUUUCUGAAAAUUAGGACACGCUUACUGCCCCAUGUGGGAGGACGGCCCUAUUCCCCCUCCACUCCCUUCCUGCCUAUCAGAUUGUGGUUUCCCUUUUUAGAGGGGGGAAAUACAAAUUUCCUGCCUGAAUUCACUAGGGGCACCUUUUUGUUAGCUUGAACCUUUUGGGAUUAACUGGCGAAUCUGACCGAUGUAGUCAUCUAAAAGUUUUAGGCUUAGCUGUCUUUCUGUUUUCUCCACCCACCUACUGUCCUGCGGUUCUUCUUUAUUUAAUUUCUAUACCACCCUAUACCCAAAGGUUUCAGGGCGGUUCACAUAAAAUAUAAAAUACAUAAAAUCAAAACAAAAACAACAACCCAAUAACCCCCCCGCCCAAAAAAAGAGCCAGAAUUUUUAAAAGGGUAUAAAAUGUAGAAUCAUGGCUAGGCAAACUAAGGCCCGGGGGACAGAUCCGGCCCAAUCGCCUUCUCAAUCUGUCCCAUGGACAGUCUGGGAAUCAGCGUGUUUUUAUGUGAGUAGAAUGUGUCCUUUUAUUUAAAACACAUCUCUGGGUUAUUUGUGGGGCCUGCCUAGUGUUUUUGCAUGAGUAAAAUUGUGCUUUUUUUAAAAAUGCAUCUCUGGGUUAUUUGUGGGGCAUAGGAAUUCGUUCAUAUUUUUUUUCCAAACUAUAGUCCAAAGGACAGUGGACCGGUCCCCUGCUGAAAAAGUUUGCUGACCCUUGAUGUAGAUCAAGUCAGGCAAAGGCCUGGUUAAAAAGGAACAUUUUUGUCUGGUGCCUAAAGAUGUAUAGUGAAGGCACCAGGCAAACUUCUCUGGGGAGAGCAUUCCACAGAUGGGGAGCCACUGCUUCCCCUGUUUUUGAGGAGCAGAAAUUUGGCAGGUGAAGCUUCCCUGGCAUAGAGAAAAAAGUGAUGGGGAAGACUGCUGCCAGUCUGCUGCUGUUAAGAAAGAGAAGCCAUGCUUGGAGGAGAAGAAGAAAAAAGAGGUGUAAACCCUAGAUCUGAGCAGAUUAGGGGUAGGGCAGAAGGCCUGAGAGUUGACUCAUAGAAUUGUAGAGUUGGAAGGGACCCCGAGGGUCAUCUAGUCCAACCCCCUGCUAUGCAGGAAUCUCAACUAAAGCAUCCAUGGCAGACGGACACCCAACCUGUACUUAAAAACCUUCAAUAAAGGAGAGUCCAGUCCAACAUCGCUAGAGGGCACCAGGUCGGUUGGCAAAGGCAGGUUUAAUUCUGUGAUUAAUGGAUUGAUUGACUUUAUAUCCUGCCCUCAACUCCCCAAAGAACCCUGGAUAGCAAGCAGAAGCACCAUUUAAAACAAAAACAGACAUUUGAAAACCAGUGAAAGCGUUCUCAAAACGACUGCAAUUAAAAGCAGUUACAAUUAAGAGCCAUUCUUCCGCCCAGUGACCUUAGGGUUGCCCAGAACAGUAUGCAGCCACCAUGUGCCUGGGUGCAAACAGGAAUGUUUUCAAAUACCUCCUGAAAGUUAACAGUGAUGGAGAGUCUGGCGCACCUCACUAGGGAGGUCGUUCCACAACUGGGGGGCCGCCACAGGAAAGGCCCUGUUACGACUCAGUGCCAGCCAGGCAUCCCCCAGUGGUGGCACCACCAGCAAGGCCUCACCUGGCAAUCGCAGAGUCCGAGGUGGUUGAUUGGCAGUCAGCUGGCAGCCAUCAUUGGUUUCCACCAGCCACAGGCCUCACUUUCUGUGCCUGCGUUCCUCCCCGCUCAUCUAUUGAACUCGCCUCCUUCUCAUUUGCAGGUCCCAUGUGCGACUUGCUCUGGUCAGACCCUCAACCCCAGGUAGGUCUUGCUUUGGUGAGACUCGUGAGCUGUGUGCCCAUUGCUCCAUGACUACAACGUCUCCUCUUGAUUUCAUUCUUCAUCUCGAGAUCUCCAUGGGCAUUUUGACCGGGUGGGGAGGAACAGUAGCAUUUCCCCAGGACUAAAUUACUCUUGGGGCCUGGUAUCCCCGCCCACGAUCAUUCUGUGGAGGAGUCUGCCCCUUGCUGGGCUGAGUGCUGUCUUCGAUAUACAUAGCGGCACCACCUCUAGUACGGCCUUCUCUAUCCAGUGAGAGAGAGCCAGUGUGCUGUAGUGGUUAAGAGCGGUAGUUUCGUAAUCUGGGGAACCGGGUUCGCGUCUCCGCUCCUCCACAUGCAGCUGCUGGGUGACCUUGGGCCAGUCACACUUCUCUGAAGUCUCUCAGCCCCACUCACCUCACAGAGCGUUUGUUGUGGGGGAGGAAGGGAAAGGAGAUUGUUAGCUGCUUUGAGACUCGUUCGGGGAGUGAUAAAGCAGGAUAUCAAAUCUAAACACCUUCUUCUUCCUCCGCAAAUGAAUCCAGAUUUCAUUGCACGGGCAGAGAAAGCUGAAAGCAACAUUGCGGGUGCAGUCUAAUACCCAUUUACCUAAGAGCCAGUGGGGCUUAACUUUUGAGUGGACUUUUGAGUGGCACUUCCCCACAGCUGACUAAGUCCCCUCCUCUCCAGGAUUCCCCCCCCCCCCCAAGCAAGCAGAGACUGCGUCUACAAGUCACCAAUCUCUCCUCCACCCUUUUCAGAGCCAGUGUGGUGUAAUGGUUAAGAGCGAUAGACUCGUAAUCUGGGGAACCGGGUUCACGUCUCCGCUCCUCCACAUGCAGCUGCUGGGUGACCUUGGGCCAGUCACACUUCUCUGAAGUCUCUCAGCCCCACUCACCUCACAGAGCGUUUGUUUUGGGGGAGGAAGGGAAAGGAGAAUGUUAGCUGCUUUGAGACUCCUGAAGGGGAGUGAAAGGCGGGAUAUCAAAUCCAAACUCCUCCCCUUCUUCUUCUUCUUCUUCUUCUUCUUCUUCUUCUUCUUCUCCUGCCUUAUAGAGCAGGGUUCUCCAAACUUGGGUCCAACUGCUUUUGGACCACAGUUCCCAUCAUCCCUGACCACUGGUCCUGUUAGCUAGGGAUGAUGGGACUUGUAGUUCAACAACAGCAAGAGACCCAAGCUUGGGGAAUUCUGCUGUAGAGUAUAUAUCAAGAGCUCUUCUCCUUUUUGCCCGAUUCUGUCUCCCGAGACAGAUGAAUGCCAAUGGAUUUCUUGGUGUCGCCUGCAUACUGGGCACCCAAACCCCCCCAUCUCAUGUUUAUAAGGCUGCCGUUGCACCCAAGGGUGUCUUUCUCUCCUCCACCCAGAACGGCCGGUCCAUCAGCAAGCGUGGCGUGAGCUGCCAGUUCGGGCCCGACGUCACCAAAAGCUUCCUUGAACGCAACCACCUAGAUUACAUCAUCCGCAGCCACGAAGUCAAGCCGGAAGGGUAUGAGAUGGCUCACGAUGGCAAGUGCGUCACUGUCUUCUCUGCCCCCAACUACUGGUGAGUGAGUGAGUGAGGGGGCACGCUGCCGUGGUGGUGCUCUACUUCCUAUUUUUUUAUAUAUAAACAAUUUUUUAUUAGUUUUCAGUUACAAAAAUCCAAAAUAGUAAAGGUAAAGGGACCCCUAACCAUUAGGUCCAGUCGUGGCCGACUCUGAGGUUGCGGCGCUCAUCUCGCUUUACUGGCCAAGGGAGCCGGCAUACAGCUUCCGGGUCAUGUGGCCAGCAUGACUAAGCCGCUUCUGGCGAACCAGAGCAGCGCACGGAAACACUGUUCACCUUCCCGCUGGAGUGGUACCUAUUGAUCUACUUGCACUUUGACGUGCUUUCGAACUGCUAGGUUGGCAGGAGCAGGGACUGAGCAACGGGAGCUCACCCCGUCGCGGGGAUUUGAACUGCUGACCUUCUGAUCGGCAAGUCCUAGGCUCUGUGGUUUAACCCACAGUGCCACCCGCGUCCCUAAAAAUCCAAAAUACACCUUGUUAUAUCCAUAUCAAAUCACAAUACCAAAUCAAAUACAGUGGUACCUCUGGUUGCAAACGGGAUCCGUUCCGGAGCCCUGUCCGCAACCUGAGCAGAACACAACCCAUGUGUGUGGGUCACGAUACGCCGCUUCUGUGCAUGCGCGUGAUGUCCUUUUGAGCGUCUGCGCAUAUGCGAGCGGCGAAACCCAGAAGUAACCCAUCCGGUACUUCCAGGUCACUGCGGGACACAACCUUUAAGGAUUUUACCUGAAGCGUCUUUAACCCGAGGUAUGACUGUAUCAGUUAAUCAAAUAUCCAAUUGUAUAAUUUUGGUGGCUCCCCAUGUGCUAGAAUUACAGGUUUAAUAUGUUUUUUUUAAAAUUCUGCUUCCAAAAUCUUACUUAAUCUAGUUGUAUUCCAAUCAUAAUAAUAGCCCCAUAUUCAACAAAUGCAAUAUUUAUGAGUUCUAUUCGUAUUAACGCAUCCAACAAUUUAUUAGUCCACAAAUGAAGAUCUACAGUCAUACCUCAUGUUACGUUUGCUUCAUGUUACAUUCUUUCAGGUUAUGUCCCGCGGCGAACCGGAAGUACCGGAAAGGGUUACUUCUGGGUUUUGCUGCUCGCGCAUGCGCAGAAGCGCAAAAUGAUGACAUGCGCAGAAGUGACGAAUCGCAACCCACUUGUGCGCAGAUGCGCCGCUGCGGGUUGCGCUCUUUUCAUGUUGCGAACGGGCCUCCGGAACGGAUCCCGUUCACAACCAGAGGUACCACUGUAUAUCCUUACUGCUACGUGUAAUAAUUAUUUGUCCGUAUUUUCUUCUUCUUUCUUUACCAAAUAUUAAUCAAUUAUUCCAAAAAGUCCCAUAUCGCUCCAGCCAUUCUCUCUCCUCUCAGCUGUAGUUGCAAUAUAAAUACAUCAGGCUAGGGAAAGAGUUAACUGGCAGGUGGUGCUCUAAUUCCCGCUUGGACGGCUGGGGCGGGAGGAGAGUCUGGCGGCUGGGUCCAGUCUGGCCUGUCUAGUCCAGGAUCCUGUUCUCACAGCGGCCGACCAGAAGAUGCAAGCAUGGCCUGAGCACAAGAGCCAGUCUCUGCUGCGGUUUCUGGCAACCAGCAUUCAGAAGCAUUUGCUGCCUCCGACAGUGGAGGUGGAACUUAGCCAACAGAGGGUGAUGGCAGCCAUUGACCGGAAAGCAGAGAGUGCUGUUCGGAGGGCAGACUGGUUGAAUGCAGAGGAAUAGCAGCAGGAACCAGCUGGGGAACCCCCAAGAAAAGAAGGGUCCUAGCCUGGGGAGCGGUGGUGGGACGACGUCAAGGGGUCACAAGGGAGAAGGCUGGGAGGAGAAAGUGUUGGCAGCUAGAGGGUUAACAGAAGCUGAAGCAGGAGGCCAAGAGGCAGAGAGGAGUCAGAAUGGCGAAGGAGCCAGGGGGUCUUUCCCCCUCCUGCUGUUGAAGGAAUGGGUUUCCCAAACCCAAAACUGACUGUGCAGGCAGUUUGAAACGGGCACCAAAAUCCCUAUUUUUCCUUAGCUAAAAUCCAUUAACCUGAGCUCUGAGUCAAUGUAUAAACAAAAACCCGGCUGUAUAAACAAGUGCCCAGAGCCCUCUCCUUUAUCAGUUUGUGAUGGCAAGGAUGACCUUGGCUGUUUCAGUGGAGUAGGGAUGACAUGUCUAGAUCUUAUCUUACGUCCUGACGCACAGACCUAGUCCUGGAACAGCACCAGAGUGUGUUCUUGGAGUUGGUGACCUCCUGAUCCAAGAUAAGAGUAGGAACACAAAUACCCUUUUAUGGUCAGAAGUACAGGAAGGAAUACCCAUUUAUGGUUAAGAAUACUGGAACAGGAACAUAUGUGAUGUCAACCUGCGUGUAUAGGCUGAUGUGGUUGGAUUCCUGGGGAAGGAGGGAGAGGGUGCCUGGAGGAUAUAUAUACUGCAUGAAAUUUCUCAUUUCUUUGGACUUGCUGUGGACACACCACGCAGGUGCCUUCUGCUAUCCGGAGAGCAGAAAUAAAGAACUCUUUCUCUGAACCAACCCUCGGUGUCAUUUGACUUCCUCCUGUCCGGGAGCAACGCAGACCCAAUCGGUGAACUCCAAUAAGGCUACACUGUGACAAACUCUCCUCCCCCACCCUUGUCUCUCAGGACCAGGAGAGGCAUGAAGAGAGCGGAGGAGAAGUUAGCUUCACGCAGGUGUAGUCUCAGAUCGGUUGCGAAGGCUCUGGAGAGGAGGGGACUUGGGCAGCUGUGGGGAGGCAGGGACCUUCAGCCUCAGCACCUGCUUCGUGGGGGCAAGAACUGCCAGAGAUGUAGGCCUGACCCUCCUGGGCAGGUCAGUUCUGUGUCCAGGGCAGCUGUUUACCAGCUCCAUCUGGUUUGCAGGCUGAGACCCUACCUGCCCGCAGACUGUCUCACCAGAGUGGUGCAUGCUCUGGUUAUCUCUCGCUUGGACUACUGCAAUGCGCUCUACCUUUGAAGGUGACCCAGAAACUACAACUAAUCCAGAAUGCGGCAGCUAGACUGGUGACAGGGAGCGGCCGCCGAGACCACAUAACACUGGUCUUGAAAGAUCUACAUUGGCUCCCAGUACGUUUCCGAGCACAAUUCAAAGUGUUGGUGCUGACCUUGAAAGCCCUAAACAGCCGUGGCCCAGUAUACCUGAAGGAGCAUCUCCACCCCCAUCGUUCUACCCGGACACUGAGGUCCAGCGCCAAGGGCCUUCUGGUGGUUCCCUCACUGUGAGAAGCCAAGUUACAGGGAACCAGGCAAAGGGUCUUCUCAGUAGUGGCACCCACCUUGUGGAGCACCCUCCCACCAGAUGUCAAAGAGAAAAAUAACUACCAAACUUUUAGAAGACAUCUGAAGGCAGCCCUGUUUAGGGAAGCUUUUAAUGUUUUAUAGGUUAUUGUAUUUUAGUGUUUUGUUGGAAGCCGCCCAGAGUGGCUGGGGAAACCCAGCCAGAUGGGCGGGGUAUAAAUAAUGAAUUAUUAUUAUUAUUAUUAUUAUUAUUAUUAUUAUUAUCCUGUUCGUGCUGAUUAAAAAGUUAACUCCAGCUUGUGGUUUUCUGCUGGCUCGCUUCUGUCAGGCAGAGAGAGGUUGGGAGCUCUUCUUUAACAAAGGCUGCCUUCCUCGGAGAGGGACCCUGGAAGCCGCCUUAGGUCGGUGGGACGCUUAGCCAGCUGCUGGCCUUAACUUGAGAGCCUUUAAAUCAAGGAUAGAUAACCCUUUUCAGCCAUGUUCCUUUCUGGGCAACCUUUCAGGGACCACAUGCCCUAACCUUAACCAUACUUGUAAGCUUGGCAGUGUCCCAAAUUUUGAUCCACCGUUCCUCUGCUUUGGGUCUUCCUGUCGUGCCUUUUGUCGGCCUGUUAGCCCCCAUAAUGUGCAAAAACCUCCCUUGAUGGCGCUCCCCGCCUUUUCUGGGGGACCGGGGGGGGGAUUCUGAAAACCCUGAGAAAAUGCUGCCCUAACCCUCUUCUAUCACCCCACCUUCUCUUUCCCAGUGACCAGAUGGGCAAUAAGGGUUCCUACAUCCACUUGCAAGGCUCAGACUUGCGGCCGGAAUUCCACCAGUUCACAGCAGUGGUGAGUCACAGCACUGGAACGAUGCGCUUAGUGGUCGCACGCAGCUCUCAAGUGCGCCUGCACCGAUGCCCCAACUCCCACUCGGCCCCCUUCCUGGGAUCUUGCCACGCAAACAGGCCUUUAAUCUCAGGGCUGUGGGUUCAAGUCCCACAUGGGGCAAAAGAUUUCUGCACUGCAGAAAGUUUGACUGGAUGACCCUGGAUGUUGCAUUUGGCCAAGUCUGUUUGUAUUCACAAUCCUGAGUUGGCAGAAGUCACAAGGUAGCCGUAUUGGCAAGAGCUGUUGAUUUUUCUAUGAAUUACUGUAUUUUUUGCUCCAUAAGGGGCACCGGACCAUAAAGUGCACCUAGUUUUUAGAGGGGGAAAUCAAGAAAAAAUAUAUUAUUCCCCCCCCCCAGCCCCAAAGAGAGCUUCUUGGGGCUGCCAGGGGAAGCCCGGGUUCCCCUCCCCCCCAGCCCCAAAGAGCAAAGAAGCCAAAACAGCAAGCGGGAUCCAUCCCGCUUGCUGUCUUGGCUUCUUUAGCCUUGCGCAGCCUCUCCGGCAAUUCCCCCACCUCCUGCAAAAGCCCACAGGAGCCACACACCCUUUAAGGAGUGUGCGGCUCCUGCGGGCUUUUCUACGAGGAGGGAGAAGGAACUGACUGGCUGCAUCAGUCCCUUCUCCCUCCUGGGGAAAAGCCCGCAAGAGCCGCGCAGAGCUUGUGUGCGGCUCUUGGGGGCUUUUCCUGCCUGCCUCCCCCCUGCAUUCGCUCCAUAAGAUGCACACACAUUUCCCCUUACUUUUUAGGAGGGAAAAAGUGCGUCUUACGGAGCGAAAAAUAUGGUACUUACUGAACACCUGUGGUAGGUGAAGACGUGUGCAUGUUCAGGAAGCCGUCAUGUAAAAACAUUUUAUGCUAUCAAUUUCCUUCUCCCUUCUUUUUGUAAGAAGGUGUAAAAAUACUUUUCACGCAGGUGUCACUGGAUCAAGUGCGUCGGUUUUGCUGAAUCAGUUAAACUAAAAAGCUUUAAUUGGAACAAUUUGCUACAAUUCUUAGUGGUGCUUUUGAUGGGACGGGGGUACCGGGGAGUUUAUGGAACCAAGGGGACGGGGACCUGAUUUGAGGACCCCUGCUCUAGAAGGGGGUGCACCUUUGCUAACCAAACCUCUCUUCCUCCUUCCCCAGCCUCAUCCGAACGUCAAGCCAAUGAUGUAUGCCAAUUCGCUGCUGCAAAUGGGGAUGAUGUAAGCUGCCCUCCAGCUCUGCCAGCUCGCACCCCCCACACCUUCUUGCCAGGAGACCCCUGCGCUAGGCAAACAACAAAUCCCCCUUCCUUCCUUCCUUCCUUCCUUCCUUCCUUCCUUUUUUUUUGGUUACAUUUCCUUCCGACAUCAGCCUUCACUACAAAGCAAGGGAUAUUUUGGCAGGUGAGGUGGUGGUUAAGCCUUAGCAUCUCCUGCAGGGUGUGUGUGUGCUGAGGACUGCGUCUGUAAUACCCCCCACCCACCCCCAGAAGGCAGAUACUGUUCCAGGGCGACCCUCUCCUUUGCUAGCGUUGUAUAAUGCGCACAGGCAACACGAGAAAACGGCAGCCAGAACGUUAGAGAACUUUUUUUUUUUUUAAUAUAUUGGAAGACUGUAUUUAUUCCUUACCUAGUCUGAUUUUUUCCCCCAGCCCGCCCCCUAGGCUCUCCUUCAUCUUUUCCCAGCUUGAAAGCACUCACGAUUCUGCAACCCACCAGCCUAGAGGAGUGGGGCGGAGGUUGAGGGCUGCCUUUGCCAGCCUCUCCCCUCUUCGCCUCCUCCAGCUGAUGGCCGUUGUCCCGGAAGAUCAGAGCUUGAUUCCAUUAGGCGUGUGCAAGCACACCCAACCCCUUCCACCUUUCCCGUGGGUUCUGCGCCGCCGCAGAGAAACUGUUUGGUUUGCCCAGGCACUCAAAGCUCAAGGGGAAGAGCUGUUCCGUUACCUCUUCCUCUUUCUUGCACCGCCUUGUCAUAGCGACAAGGGGUCUUCCAUCUCUGGGCGAGGAUGGCUUCUCAGCCUAGCUGCCUGCCAGCUCCAAACUCUUCCCGGGUACUUUGUUGGUCCUAUCAUCACGUUCCCAGCUAGCCUAAGCCGAAAACCCCAGAGGAAUGUGUAGCCUGUUUGCAUGUUUGUGUGUGUGAAUUUUCCCAUCCUGAUGCCAGCUGUGGAUUAGCCUCAUCUGGUCUAUUACUGGCCACCGUCCCCAGCUCAGUACGGAGCAGGGGAGGGGGGCUUCUGGUAAUUAUGGGGUGGAGGCAGGAAAGGGAAUGGGGAAGGGGAUUCGGGAAUUGUGUAGGGCUGACCCUUGGCUUUCGGGCCCCCUUCAUUCCAGCCUCGCAGGGAUUGUUACGCCUUCCGGGGAGGGGAAAAUUCAUCAGGGCAUUUUGACGACUCUCCCAUCUUGAGAUCUGCAGGCUUCGGGGAUCCGUUUGUCCAGGGGGUGGGGAGACCUAACACCGCUUCUGGGGCUUUGAUCCUCUCGAGAUCUUUCUCAACCUUUUCCCUGUGACUGAUUUGGAGGGAUCAUUCUUUUAGUCCAGGAUACGCUGCUGGUGGGAUCUCGGGAAGGUCAGGGUCCUCUCUCUCUAGGUGGGACCUUCCAAUUCUGAUAUCUCACAAGCUUGGUUUCUUGAGAGAGAGAGACAAAGACCUCAAUCUCAUCGGAGAUGUGCAGAAUCUGCCUUGUGGUUCCUGGUUCCCUCCUGGAUGGUUUUAUUUCCUUCCCCUAGCUUGAGCGUUUUAAGUUUUCAUCGCCAGAGGAUAAAACUGCAUGGGGGUGGGGGAAUCGGGCCUGAGGGGACCAGCUUUGCCAAAGGGCUGAAGAACUGGGAAAUGGAAAAAUUUGGUGGUUUGUUUGUUUUUUGUUGCUCCUACUCCCCGCCCCCCCAAAAAACACUCACACCUUCUUGGGACCUCCCCUUCUUGCUCCCGCUCUGGCAAGGCAUCGUCAUUUCGGCUUUUCCAAACUGAAACGAGGCUGCUUUCUUCCCCUAUCGUGGCCGAAAAGAGAAACCAGCGAAUAUUCCAGAAGCACUUUGGAUGUUCUUAUUUCCAUGCUGACCAUGGAGGGUUUUUAUACAUCCAGGAUUUCCUCUCCACUCGCCCUCCUACCUAUUUGAGCUAUUUUACUGUCUGUAAUUAAACAAAAGAUGUUAAAAUAAAGUAACUAUUGAAAGACCUGCCAGGUUGGGUACAGCCUCAGUUUUUUCCUUCCCAAACGGUUCAUUCUUAAAACCCCAAUCAACUCGGACCCCAAAUAUCUGGAAGAUGGCCUCCUUCCCCACAGGUGUGCUCUGG